AUGGCGGGCAGUAACCAGCUCUGCAUCCGGCGCUGGACCACCAAGAACGUGGCCAGGUGGCUGAAGGAAGAGGGCUUCUGCGAGUACGUGGACGUUCUGUGCAACAGGCACAGGCUAGAUGGAAUAACACUACUGACGCUUACCGAGUAUGACUUACGAUCCCCUCCUUUGGAAAUCAAGAUCCUGGGAGAUAUCAAGAGGCUGAUGUUGUCCAUCCGCAAACUGCAGAAGCAGCACGGGGAUGUCCUGGAGGAGCUGGGCUACAACAGCGAGAGUCACGUCGGCACGGUGUGCCCGAGCCUUGGGCUGCUGCAGAGUGCAGACUGGUUCUGUAAUGGUGAAGUACCUCGGGACUAUGAUGGACCCAUCACUGACUUGAAUGGUGAUCAGUAUCAAUACGCCAAUGGCAAAAACAAGCACUCUGCUCGAAGACUGGACCCGGAGUACUGGAAGACAAUUUUAAGUUGUGUGUACGUCUUCAUAGUGUUUGGCUUCACGUCGUUUGUGAUGGUUAUAGUACACGAGCGAGUACCCGACAUGCAAACGUAUCCGCCUCUGCCGGACAUAUUUCUAGACAG